CUGGCGUAUUCUUCAAUCCGGCUUGUUCUAAAAUCUGCGCUCAGAGGAACAACACCUUAAAUACAAAAGUAUAUUAAAAUACAUGUAUAAAACCAGCCCUUAUAAUAUCUACUGGUAAUUCAACAAUGAAGGCUAUCAUGUAUCCUAAUCUAAACGAUAGUGCCGAAGGAGAAAGAGAGACGGACUAUAUUUUCCCGAAAGGUCCAGGAUCUGGUGCACACAUGGCUAAUGAAGUGACCGUUGUAUCUGUGUCUGAAGUAAACGAGUUUGCAUGCAGUCUUCCAGAAAAGUGCUCCGAGGGAAGCAAUGACAGCACAAGCACGAGCACCGGAAGCGGAAAUGAGGAGGAAAGAGCCACCUGGGGUGGAAAACUCGAGUUCCUGCUCACGUGCAUCUGCUAUGCGGUCGGAUUGGGAAAUGUUUGGCGAUUUCCGUACCUGUGUUAUAAAAAUGGCGGCGGCGCAUUUUUGGUGCCCUACACUAUUAUGUUGGGUAUAGUCGGUCUACCUCUGUUCUUCCUUGAGUUGGGCAUUGGCCAGUACGCAAGUUUGGGGCCUAUCUCUGUCUGGAAGAUGAAUCCCUUGCUGAAAGGUUUAGGUUACGCUUCGGUGAUUGUCUCAUGGUUGAUUGGAUUGUACUACAAUGUGAUCAUCUCGCACGUGCUGUUCUACCUGUACUCGUCCUUCACCGACAAAUUACCGUGGCAAUCGUGUGAUAACGACUGGAACACUCCGAACUGCAUCACGUUCGAGCAGCAUUUAAAUGGUUCUGUAAACCACACCGCUCACUCCAAUGUCAGCAAAACGCCUAGCGAGGAAUAUUACAGAAAUUACGUCCUUGGGCAGACGGAUUCCAUUGACGAUAUAGGAAAGAUAGAAUGGCAUCUUGCCUUGACGCUUCUUCUUGCCUGGGUGAUCGUAUGCCUCGUACUACUAAGAGGAAUCCAGUCUCUAGGAAAGGUUGUCUAUUUCACAGCCAUCUUCCCUUAUAUAAUGCUGACCAUCCUGUUUAUCCGCGGUGUCACCUUACCUGGUGCGGCUGAUGGACUGAUGUAUUACUUCAAGCCAGACUUCAACAAGCUGCUGGAGACCAGGGUGUGGAGUGAUGCCGCCACCCAGAUCUUCUACUCACUCAGCGCAUGCUCCGGAGGUCUGAUUGCCAUGUCCAGUUACAAUAAGUUCAACAACAACUUUUACAGGGAUUCACUCAUCGUCACCUUCAUCAACUGUGGUACCAGCAUAUUCGCUGGAAUGGUCAUUUUCGCCGUCCUCGGUUUCAUGGCACAGGAAAAAGGAGUGGACAUUUCGAAAGUUGCUGACGGAGGUCCCGGACUUGCUUUUGUGGUUUACCCAGAAGCCCUUGCACGUAUGCCUGUUGCCCCACUCUGGUCUGUGUUUUUCUUCAUCAUGAUGGCUACUCUUGGAUUUGGCUCUGAGUUCUCCUACGUUGAAUGCGUGUUCAGUGCUCUGGCUGACGAGUUCCCCAUCCUGCGUGAACGCCGUAACAACAUCAUCUUCAGAGUAGUCGGAUGUAUCAUCUGUUUCUUCCUCGGUCUCCCAAUGGUCUGCAGUGGAGGUAUCUGGCUGCUGAACCUCGUUGAUUACAGUGUCGGUGGAUUCCCCUUGUUAGUUGUUGGUAUUAUGGAACUCAUCGCUGUUGCUUGGAUUUAUGGUUAUGAUAACUUCUCGGACAAUAUUUACACUAUGCUGGGAAAAAGACCAAGCAUAUAUUGGAAAAUCUGUUGGAAAUAUGUUUCACCUGGUGUUAUUGGUGUCACCAUCAUCCUAAACAUUGUGAUGUAUAGUCCACCUAGCAUGGACGAACAAUUGUACCCCUCAUGGGCCAACGCUCUCGCCUGGUUGAUCGCUCUUUUCCCAAUUAUUGCAAUCCCCGCUUUGUUCCUGCACAAAUACUGCAUUGAGGGUGGAUUUGAGUUAAUGAAAGCAAGUAUGAAACCUGAUCCAACCUUUGGACCCGUUAUUCAAUACCCCAACGUAGACGACUCAUUUCCAAAUGUGGGAAAUAUUCAUGGUGGUGGCUACAAUCAGGCAUUUGCAAAAUCUAUGGGAAGUUCUAUAUCAACAAGUACAAAACUCACGGACGUUACCAAUCUUAAUUUUACACCAGCGUCGUCUGUCAUAACUGUUUCAAAGCUGCCAAAAUCGUCAACAGAAAAAGUACCAAACGAAUCUCGUCUAUAGUUUUAUUUAAAGUGUUUAUUCCACAUGCUUGAAUGUUCAAUGAAUGUAUACGGAAGUGAGCGAGUGUGAUCGAGAAUCAUAUCAUUUUUCAUCAACAUUAAUUAACGACAUGAUAUAUGACAUGAAAUUGACAUGGCCUAUAUCAAUUUUUAUUUAUUUCUCGAAACACGAUAACAAAAACAUUUGCAAUUUGCUUUUUUGAUGAGACACAAAACACAGGUUUUGAAAGAAGAAAAAUCAUCGAUUUUCCAAAAAACUUACUAUUUCUUUGGAUCAUAGAAUUUGACAGGUGUGUUCUUAUUGUGUCAUAUAUCAAGUAAUUAACAAAUUAAAUUGUGAUAAAUAACCAUUGUACAAAUUAUUGACGAAUGAUUGUGAUAUUCCCAAAAAUUGUUCCAAUUUAUUUUAUAUUUUAAUUCGUUUGUUUUUGUUAGUCUAGCAUAUAUUUUUGGCUUUCACCAAAUGUUAUCUUACUACGAAUCUUCAAAAAUGUUGUCUUACUACGAAUCUUCAAAAAUGCUACCUUACAACGCGUUGCUAAUACCCUUACUCAUGUCGGUUGGGAUAUUGAAUUUAUAUAAUAUGAUUAAACUUAUCGAACUGUACGACGCCAAGUCUUGCAAACAGCAUUAAGCUGCCAGAUACCUUCCCGAUGUUGCUGAAGCAAUGACGACACUAGUCAAAUUUUCUUGCAUCAAUAUGGAGGUGAAUGAACUAUUUUAGUUUGAUUGUACGGAGUUAUUCUAAGUUUAAGUCUUCCUGUGAGAUUUUAACUUAUAGUAACACUGUUUCACAAAACUAUUUGUAUCUUAAGGAAUUUGUAUAUUUUGUGGCAAUGUGCAAACAUGAUUCUUUAUCAAAGGUGCUUUACUAUAUUAUUUUUGUUUGAUUCUUUUUUUCAUCUUUUUCUGACAAUGACAUGACUUAACUUUAAUCUUAACAAAUUUUAGAUGAACUAUUCGAAAUACAUGCUGUUGUUUAUAACUUGUUUUUGAAAACGCAAGUUUAUGGUAGAAAACUAAUGUAGUGGCAAGUUUAACUAAGAACAGUUUAAUUAUUUUAAGAUCGUUUGUUUUUGUCAUUGUAAAUACCCAACAUCGUGUUCAAAUAUUUGUCUAUUUCUCUUCACUCUUUCUCUUUAACUGAUCAUGUCCACGUUAUCGGUGUGUAAUGGUAUUUGACCAUUGUCUUUCAGUUUUUAAUAAUGUUGACGCAUGCGCACUGCAGUGUCUUGAACGAAUGUGUCUUAUACGCUUGCGGCUUUAUUGUUGUUUCAUAUACAUGUACUACUUAAAACCCAUUCUGCUGUGUUCGUAAGUUCUAAAUGGAACAAGUUUACAACGCUUAAACAGUGUUUAACUAAACUGAUCUGCUUUCUGUGAUCAGGAUCUAGUACCACCAACAUGAAGUUGACACAAGAUUAGUUUGGGCAUAAGUUUUUGUACUAAAAACCCCGAUGAGAGGAAAUAAUCUUCUUUUAUUGUUAAACUUGACGUUUGUAUAUAUCAGUGCAUUGUUUGCAAUGAAAGACGUAAAUGAUGAGUGUUGCUCAGGAGUGUGUUUGAAUCUAUAGGUGUAACUGGACCCGACAUCUCAGAUUUUCUAUCCCAAAUGUUUUUGUUUGCCUCAAGAUUCGUUAUUCAAUUCAUUUUCAAUUUUAAUAUUUGAAUAGUCAAUAUACUAAAAAUAAGAUUUCCCGUUACCUUUCAAAAUUUAUUUUGAAGCAAAAUGAAGAUCAUGGUCAAUUCAUUAUAUGAGACAUUUGAAGAGAACCAAAAAUAGUUAUGGACGCCCUUGAAGAAGGCCAUGAGGCUCAACUAUUGGGACUGAGAAUAUCAUUUUAUAUAAAAAAUAAUAAUAAAUUGUUUAUUAAUAUUUCCGUUUAGCAAACACUUGAUUUGGAAAGUGGAGAUUUGUAACUGAGGAGUUAGGGACAGGUCGAGUGUAAGUGAGAGAAAAAGAGUCGGCUGCAUGCUGAAUAAACGACGACUUGGAUGCAUAAUGAGAUGUGAUAAAUUAUUUUGUAAUUAUGUAAUUAUGUAAAUGAACAGUUACAUAGACAGCACAUUACACUUGCCAUGAUUCAAUGUCAUAUAACACGUUUAUACUUGCCUAAAAGUACUUAAUGACACAUUUCAAAGGCUAUUGAAAAGAUAACUUUAUAAUAAUAAGUUCUAUCAGUUUUAUGCAAAAUAUAUACGACUUAUGAUUGAAAAUUCCAUCAUAUUUCUUAUUUUAAUAAUUACAAUUAAUUGAUAAAUUUGUACGAAACGCCCAUAUGGUGCACUAAAGAUUUAUCUUUUUUGACUUUCUGCAUUAACUUACUCAAAUUUUCAAUACAUGCUUCCUGCUUUGUAUUUCUAAGGUUUUUUUGACAAGUACAUCUAGAAAUAUAAUCAUUUAAUAAUCAACCUUUAUUUCAUUUCCAAGUUACUGCUGUACUUGACCAGCGGCCUCUAACGUCGAUGAAUAUACAGUGACGUCAUUGACUAUCACUGUAACAUCCACCAGUUAAUUUACUGUGACGUCAGAGAAGUAUACGUGUUAAACUCUCAGACAUCAGGGGUGACGUUGUGUGCUUAUCUACCACAUGUAUAUUUUUGUAUUGCUGCAGUACGAUACGACAAACAAAUAAACUUGUUAAAAUUAA